GCUCAGCGAGGGGUCCGUCCUCCUCUGUCACUGUCUCUUUUGCCUGUUGUAAUUCUGUCUGCCUCUGACUUGGCCUGUGUCUGUGUCUGUGCCUCCCCUCGCUUGCUGCUUUUACUGGAUCUUCAGUCCCUCAUCUUUCUGCCUUCUUGUCUCUGCGCUGGUCUUUGCUUUUGUCUCUCGGCCCCCAAAACCGUAUCUUCCCUCUACUUCCAGGCUGCUGCCUCUUUCGGAAUCUGCAGGCUUUCCUCUGCAUUAUUGGGUCUGUUGGUCUGGUCUGGAGGACCUUGGGUCCUGCGGCUCUGUGGUGGCCCGCUGCCAAAGGAGGGAGGAGCCCAUGGGGGGCGGGAUUGGCCCUAAAGCCACCUCAUAAAGACUGGGACUGUACGAGGCUUUCUGGAGGAGUCCUGGAGGGGCUGUUUGUUACGACAGGCAGACCCCACGAGCUCAGCUGGGGCUCUGCAGUGUCAUGCCCUGGAGCCCCCUGGCUGCGCUGAGCUGGGCACUGGUGCUGCGGCUGCUGGCAUUGCUGCGGCCCCCGGGGCUGGGUGAGGCGUGCACUUGCGCGCCUGCGCACCCCCAGCAGCACGUCUGCCACUCAGCUCUAGUAAUCCGGGCAAAAAUCUCCAGUGAGAAGGUAGUUCCUGCCAGUGAAGACCCUGCUGACACUCAAAAAAUGAUCCGGUAUGAAAUCAAACAGAUAAAGAUGUUCAAAGGGUUCGACAAGGCCAAGGAUGUUCAGUAUGUCUACACACCAUUCGACUCUUCCCUCUGUGGUGUGAAACUAGAAACCAACAGCCAGAAGCAGUAUCUUUUGACUGGCCAGAUUCUCAGUGAUGGAAAAGUCUUCAUCCAUCUCUGCAACUACAUUGAGCCCUGGGAGGACCUGUCUUUGGUGCAGAGGGAGAGUCUGAAUCAUCACUACCCCCAGAACUGUGGCUGCCAAAUCAUCACUUGCUAUGCGGUGCCCUGUACCAUCUCAGCCCCCAAUGAGUGUCUCUGGACAGACUGGCUGCUGGAACGGAAGCUCUAUGGGUACCAGGCCCAGCACUAUGUCUGCAUGAAGCACGUUGAUGGCAUCUGUAGCUGGUACCGGGGCCACCUACACCUCCGGAAGGAGUAUGUUGACAUCAUCCAGCCGUAGUAGUGACCAGUGACCACUAGAUCCUUGGAAAGUGUCCUGAAGACCAAGCCAGUUCUCUGUGGUACUCUGACCAUCACCACCUGCCAUGUUGCUGCCAGAUGAUGGGAAGUGACAAGUGGGUGGCCCGGCCAGCAUUAUGGCAGCUGUGGAGCAUGUGACAGCUUAUGUCCACAUCUCCAGCUCACAACUUGUCAAGGGCUGGAGAAGGUAGUAUGACUUGCCCUCAGCCCCUCUCCCUUGUCUCCCAAAUCUUGUUAGUCUAGUUUAUACCUAUUACUGAAAGUUCUUAUUUUGGCUUUGUUUUCUCCAGUCAGGAGAAUGUACGUUCCUUUUCUUAGCUCCUAUGGUAAAGGAGGAGCUAGCUGUAAGUGUCAUAAGACAGUACAACCUUGUGAUGUAUGCUAUGGAAGGGGUGACUGUAUCCUGAGUGGGCUGCUUGGCUGAAAUGAAAAGAAUACACUAAAGCUUCAUAUCCUCUUC